AAAAAAGCCUUUCCAUACGUCAUAUCCGGUUAGCUUAGCAUCUAGGCAGAGUAAAAUGACCUCCUUUGAUUUAUAGCACAGAUAACCCCAUAAAACAAUUCAACAGAACAUAAUUACAUUAUUUAACUAAAGGUUUUGUUGCGUGAGAAAUACCAUAAUGGCAGCUUUAUUUCCGUGCUGUUUUGGCUGUUGCGGAGACAAUAACAGUGGCCACGUAACGCUGAAGGAAAUGCCCACGGUUCAGCUGGACACUCAUCACAUGGGCACUGAUGUUGUCAUUGUAAAGAGUGGAAGACGAAUAUGUGGGACGGGUGGGUGCAUUGCAAACGCCCCUCUCCAUCAAAACAAAAGCUACUUUGAGUUCAAGAUUCAGUCCACAGGUGUGUGGGGAUUAGGAGUGGCGACUAAGAAAGCAAAUCUAAACCAGAUCCCUAUGGGUAGAGACCCACACAGCCUUGUGCUCAGGCAAGAUGGCACCGUGUACCACAACAACGAAGAAAAGAACCGAUUACCUGCUAACAGCUUACCACAGGAAGGAGAUAUUGUGGGUGUUACGUAUGACCACGUGGAGCUGAAUUUGUACCUAAACGGAAAGAAUAUGAACUGUCCGGCAUCUGGCAUCAGAGGAACCGUUUAUCCUGUCGUUUAUGUGGAUGAUAGUGCAAUAUUGGAUUGUCAGUUUAGUGACUUCUACCAUACUCCUCCACAAGGCUACCAGAAGAUUCUUUUUGAACAACAGAUCUUCUAAAGUUCAUGACAUCUUGUAUAUAAACUAAAGAUAUGUACUCCACAGCUGGGAUCUGAAGUGCUAUGGUUAUGAAUAAUUUCUAAAUAUUGUGUGGCUCAAUUGAAAUGUCAUCUGUGAUUUUGACUUGUGUAAAUCUGGGCUCUUUCAAGUCAUCCUAUGUUUUUAAGAUGAACUCAGUGAGUGAUAGCAUCUGUGCACACGUUUAACUUGCACUUCGUCAAACACUGUACAUUUUCUGAUGUAUUUAAAGUACACAAAUUACAGAUGACAAUCAAAGCUUUAUACUUUCUACAUUUCAAGAGAACAAAGUGGUGCUGACUCAAGAUGCUAAUACUGACUCAAAAUACUGUACGGUUAAAAGCUCUUUUCAUUGUUUUUAUUUGUUUUCAUAUUGUUUGAUGUUUGAUCUGCAGCCCACAAAACAGAAACAUAAUGAUUUUGAUUGGUUCAAGCUCUUCAAAGACAUAUAUUUAAAAUUCAAGAGUUCAUAUUUCAUAUUUUACCUAGUCUCAAAUUAUAUCUGAUUGUCUGUGUUCCUUAAUUGUGGUUUGUUGUAAUUAAUUACAAAAUUGUCUUAAACUAAUGAAUAUUGAAUGUGAUGUGUUUUUGUACGUUCUAAUCUGACAGGUCUUAUUUUUGUCUUGUGUCAUUUAGUAAUAAAUGUUUUACUUUUGUCACCUGUGCA